AGGAUUCUCUUCACAAACCAAGAGGUUCGUUCUAGCAGACUGUCAGGAUGAGAACCCGGGGCCAGGUUCCUACAUGUCUCUCAGGCUGGCUGAUAUUAUCAGCCCGUCUUACUCCAAGAAAGGCACUGGAGGCCUUGCAUCCCAGACUGUCAGGGUCCCCCGCCCCCCUCAGAGGGGGAUCCCAGGUCCUAAUGCCUACAAUCUGCAGUCCUCUCUGAUCCAGAGGCACAGCUUCGGCAGGGGGGCUUCCCGGACUUUCAGGCCCCCCGUGGCUGUGCAGCUCCAGCAACGACACGAGGCCUCUCCUGGCCCUAACAAAUACAACGUGUGUUUUGAUAGAAUCCAGAGAAACACCACCGUUUCUGCCAAGUCUGUAUUUUUGUCAAAGACCACACGCAGUUCUUUCACCUUACACUCAAAAGGCCCAUCCCCAUGUCACUACAAUGUGAACGAUGCCGGAAGUCAGAGUAGCUCCAACAUCUCCCUCUCCUGCUUCAGAUCCACCACCUCCCGGAUCCCCUCCUCAGUGACCCACCAGGGGCCUGGUCCUGCCACCUACAGCCCCUACCGGCCCCCGGAGCCCCUGAACAGGACCACCCUACCGAGGAAGCAUUACCUGAGGAUAUCAGCUGCUCCCGUGACUCCCCCAGGAACCCCCCCCCCCCCCGGCCCCGGGCAGUAUGACCUGGGGGUGUAUGACCAGCCGUCCAGACACUGCGUCUCCAGCGCUGUGUUUGUGUCGUCCUCCAGUCAAUGGCCCAGGGACACGCAGGGCCCAGCGGCCCCAGGACCAGGUUCCUAUGAGCCACAGAAGGUGUCAAAGCAGUCCUUCUUAUACAACCACUCUAGGAACUGGAUUCCUGCAUAA